AUGCUGCUUAUGUUUCCCCCUUCCUCAAACCCCACGUCCCGUCAUUCCCACCUCCCACCUCUCCCGUCCUCUCCCUCCCCUCCUCUCCCCUGUCCCACUCUCCCCCUCUCUCCCUUUCCCCCUCUCCCCCUCUCCCUUGCUCGCCUUCUCGCCCUCUCCCCCUCUUCCCCCUCUGCCGUUCCUCCCCCUCUCCCUCUCCCCAUCUCCCCCACGCCACCCCCUCCUCUGUGCCCGACGCCGCAACCACGCCAGGGCAGUCGCAGCCGCCUGUCAGUGGGCGGGGCGCUGCCGCUGUGCGACUACUUUGACCUCGCGCGCAUCGCCACGCACUGGAUCUCGCCCGAACUCUUCCUGCUGCUCGCCAGAGCCGCGCUCACCGCGCCCUUCGCUGCUGCUGCUGCGCGUGGCGCCAGCCCCUCCGUGGCCUUCGUGCACGUGCAGACACACCGCAUCCCAUCUCAUGACAUCCCGUUCCAUUCUUACUCCUCCUCAUUCGCCAACUGUUUCAUUCCAUACCAGCUCAUCACGUUAUAUCCCAUCCUAACACGUGACAUCACAUCCCAGCCUAUCACAUGGCAUCACAGCCCAUCCCACCACCACAAAGUAACCAUGCCACCCCUGGUUAGUUCUAUCCCAUUCCUUCCUAUCGUGCCCCAUCAAUCAACACAUGCACUCUCUGCAAUCACAUCCUCCUUCCUCCUCUUCACCACUUUGCUAACUCCCCAUCCUUCCCGCUUCCAUGCAGCAUUUGCUGUGCGAACGCGGCACACGGACGUGCUCGUGUGGGUGAAGACCACGUUCGAGCGCAUGGGCUUCCAGCCUCCCACGGAUUCCAUCUCCUUCCAGAUGCUUCCGUACAGCCAGGAGUGGCACGCCAUGGCUCAGCGAGCCAUGGCCCGCCUGCCCCCGCGCUACAUUGCCGUGCACUACCGCUCCGAGUUCAUCGCCUUCCACCUCGCGCACAAGCUAGUGCGGAAGGGCUUCAAGGUGGAGGCGGGCGUGCUGGAGGAGCUGAUGACGGGGUGCAUGGAGGCGGCUCGCGACCUGAUCAACGGCAUGAAGCGCCGCCACAACAUCUCGGCCGUCUUCAUCGCCGCCGACGUGCCGUUUGACGACAAGGCGGGCAGCCUCGUGCGCUCCGACUCGUGGAAAGAAACCACGUGGAGGUUUCAAGGGCAGGAGAGGGUGCUGGCGGCCCCGCAGGAGAAGCUGCGGUGGCUGAGGGAGCAGGUGGCGGGCACAGUGAUGGUGGACGAGCUCAUGCCCGCCAUCAACCACUACGACCCCGGCAUUGUGGCCAUAUUGGACAAGCUGCUGUGUGCGCAUGCGCACGUGUUCCUGGCUGGGUCUAUCACAUGCGGGGGGGGGCGUGGGUUUGAGGAGGACAUCAACAUCCACAGGCAUCACUUCAACAGGACCCCCCCCCACAGAUGGGUCUCGGAGACAGACAAGCGUCUAUUCCACCUGAACAGCAGCUCUGCAGGUGCAGGGUGA